AUGUUAACCAAAAUACAUCGAAAUAUACUGAGUCGAAACCAAGGCUUUUGCAGAAGUUUGUAUCAGCAAGUAAAUCCAGCAGUCAGUAGUACAGUUUUCACCCAGCAUUUUCAGAAUGUCCAUACAAAAUCUCAGGACAAUCCAAAAAUACUUAUCACAGGAAGUCUUGGGCAAUUAGGUUUUGGACUUGCCAAAGUCAUGAGACAAAGAUAUGGCAAAAAUAAUGUGAUAUUGUCUGAUAUUAUCAAACCAAAUAAAAGUGUUUAUGAAACUGGGCCUUUCAUAUAUGCAGACAUUUUAGAUUUCAAAAACUUACAAGAAAUUGUGGUGACUCAUCAAAUUGACAGCAUCGUCCACUUUAGUGCCCUUCUUAGUGCCAUAGGGGAAGCCAAUAUCCCCCUCGCCAUGAAGGUUAACAUUGAAGGAGUUCACAAUAUAUUUGAACUAUGCAGGCAAUAUAAUCUGCGUUUAUUUUUUCCUAGUACAAUUGGUGCUUUUGGUCCAGAUUCACCACGUAAUCCAACCCCAGAUCUUACAAUCCAGAGACCUCGAACAAUAUAUGGUGUAUCAAAAGUACAUGGGGAACUGCUGGGAGAAUAUUAUCAUCACAAGUUUGGGUUGGAUUUCCGGUGCCUUCGAUUUCCUGGCAUCAUUUCUGCUGAUACAAAUCCAGGAGGGGGAACAACAGAUUAUGCAGUCCACAUUUUCCAUGAUGCUGUGUCCACCAAGAAAUUUGAAUGUUUUCUUCAACCAGACACUCGUCUGCCCAUGAUGUACAUUGAUGACUGUCUCAACUCCAUUGUCCAGUUCAUGGAAUAUUCCUGUGAAAAUUUAUCAAUGAGAACUUAUAAUGUAAAUGCUAUGAGUUUUACUCCUGCUGAACUUGUGGAGGAAGUCAAAAAACAUGUCCCUGACCUGGAAGUCACUUACAAACCAGAUGAAAGACAAGCCAUUGCUGAUUCCUGGCCUGAAUGUUUUGACGACUCUAAAGCCCGAAGUGAAUGGGGCUGGUCACACAAGUACGACCUAAAAGAAUUAUGCAAUGUCAUGUUUAAAUACCUUAUGCCAAAAAAUUAA